UUCGUAGUUUGUUUCUUUCUUCAAUUCUCUUUCGCUGACUACCAAAAGCAAACGUCAACUCCCUCUCUCUCUCUCUCUCUCUCUCUCUCGUCCUCUCUCUCCGGCGACCGUCUUCCCAUGGCUCCGUCCGGUUAUCGGCUCACCGCUCUCCUUCUCACCUGGUUGUCUCUGACCGAGCUCAUCGUCUCCACGCAGGCUCUCUCCUAUCCAAGCAAUCGCCACCGUCCGUUGAUUCUGCCUCUCUCUCUAACACCCCAUGAUUCUUCGGCUUCUUCUUCUUCUUCUCCUUCUCACGAGAGAGAUCAUCACCGCCGGCGAUUGCACAACUCGGAGCUCUCUCGCUCGGCCAGCGCUCGCAUGCGGCUCUACGAUGAUCUCCUCUCUAAUGGAUACUAUACAACGCGUCUUUCCAUUGGGACGCCUCCUCAGGAGUUUGCACUGAUUGUGGACACGGGAAGUACCGUCACUUAUGUUCCUUGUUCCAAUUGUCAACAGUGUGGUAAACAUCAGGAUCCAAGAUUUCAACCUCAUUUGUCUUCCACCUAUCAACCUGUCAAAUGCAAUGCCCAUUGCUACUGCGACACUGCAGGAAAGCAGUGCACUUAUCAGAGACGGUAUGCUGAGAUGAGCUCCAGUACCGGUGUGCUGGGAAAUGAUCUUGUAUCAUUUGGGAAUGAAAGUGAGCUCACACCCCAGAGGGCUGUUUUUGGGUGUGAAACUGUGGAAACUGGUGAUCUGUUCAGCCAACGAGCAGACGGCAUAAUGGGCUUGGGUCGUGGCUACCUCAGCCUUGUGAAUCAGCUCGUUGAGAAGCACGUUAUCGAUGACUCUUUCUCGUUAUGCUAUGGUGGUAUGGGCGUGGGUGGGGGUGCAAUGAUACUUGGAAGUAUUGCUUCUCCCACGGGAAUGGUAUUCUCCCAUUCGGAUCCUCAACGCAGUCCUUAUUACAAUAUCAAGCUGAAGGAAAUACAUGUUGCUGGGAAGCCAUUGAAGUUGAGGUCAAGUGUUUUUGAUGGAAGACAUGGAACAGUCUUGGAUAGUGGAACGACAUAUGCAUACCUACCAGCAAAGGCAUUUCUGGCAUUCAGGGAUGCUAUUAUAAAUAAUGUUCGAUCCCUGAAAAAGAUUCAAGGACCUGAUCCGAAUUACCACGAUGUUUGUUUUGGUGGUGCUGGAUGGGACAUCGCCAAGUUAUCUGAAGUAUUUCCAAAGGUUGAUAUGGUUUUCGGCAACAAGCAAAAGUUGUCGCUAUCUCCUGAGAAUUACUUGUUCAAGCAUACGAAGGUUCCUGGGGCAUACUGCUUAGGUGUAUUUGAGAACAAAAAUGAUGAAACCACUCUGCUAGGAGGUAUAAUUGUCCGCAACACCCUUGUCACUUAUGAUAGGGAGAAAAAUAAGCUUGGCUUUUGGAAAACUAAUUGCUCUGAACUGUGGAAGCAACUGGAAGAUACUGGUUGUCCCACACCUGCACCUUUAGUUCCUCAGAACCACAAUACUACUCCAGCUGUUUCUCCUAGCUUAGCUCCAAGUGGAUUGCCUCCAAAUUCUUUUCCGGGUAAGAAGAUUGAAUUUCGAGUAGGAGUCAUAAUGUUCAACAUGUCAUUCAGCAUCAAAAACUCCAGCUGGAAGCCUAACUUCACAGAAUUUGAAGAACUUAUUGCUCAUGAGUUGGGAAUGAAUACUGCACAGGUCCAUUUGCUGAACUUCACUUCCAGUGGAAACCAGUUCCUUGCUGAGUGGGCCAUCUUUCCAGCUGACUCUGCUGACUACAUCUCUAACACCACCGCAGUGAACAUAAUCACACGCUUAAGAGAUCAUCAUGUGCAGCUUCCUGAGAGAUUCGGUAGUUAUCAGCUAGUUGAAUGGAAAAUUGAGCCUCAAAAGGAGCGCACGUGGUGGCAGCGAAAUUAUUUGGCAGUGGCUGCAGUAGCUUCAGUAGCGCUGUUUCUUACCCUAACGAGUAUUGCACUAUGGUUCGUUUGGAAGAAUAACCGGCAGCAAUCCGGUUCAUACAAGCCUGUAGGUGUCACCAUUCCUGAGCAAGAGCUUCAGCCGCUUUGACUGAGUCACGUUCAUCUGCUCAUUAUGAUUUUUUUGGGUGCAAGUCAUCGAUAUACGUCGAUAGAGGAAGGAUUUCUAGCUGCGUCAAUCCCAUCUUCGGUCGGAGGAAGGUUACAAUCUAUGUAGUUCGUCUAUGGGGCAGUUCCUACCACGGGUAUAUAGUAGAAGCCUACAAAGCAGUCCCUCAUACGGUUAUACGGUAGAAAAGAUACUUGGCUGACGAAAAGGAUUAGAAGAUUGCAGAGUGUAACAUAGGCAGCUGCGCAGCUGUCGCAGAGAGAGAAUUCGCCGAACGAAAAACCGUCCUUGGGGCUAACCAAGUGAACGGUGAAUGACAUGGAUUGUGCUUGAUCACAUGGUUGGAAUUGGAAAGCACCAACUUCUACGGAUCUCGAAAUAGUUCAGCGCA